CUCAAAAACAAAUGAAAGAUCCUCCUUCGUGGAAGACCGCGACAACGAGCUUUCGUCGUAUAGUCACUGGCUCGGUCAGAAGAAUGGCGGCAUUUGACGAUUAUGCAUACUGAUUGCACUGCGACGGAGAGCCUAUCGCUCGAAGACCAGGAAGCGGAAGAUAACCUUGAUCUCUCUCUCAUCAGCUCAUUGGAGAUCGACCUCGGACCACAUCUGGGAGACUCGAGAGUUCCUGAUCACCUCACCACACAAUUAGCGAAGACUCGCGCCAGGGCAGCCAGCUGCACAAGUCGAGUACAGAUCUUUCAUUCCCCCCUUCGCCCUCGACGGAUAUUGCGAAAGCGUCAGACGACUCUUGGGACUCACGACUUCGAGAAGGUGGAUCUGGACAUCGGAACAACUGCACCUGUUGUCCUGUUUCCGAGGGAGCGAUUUGUAUUCGAUCUUCUGUUCUUUAUAUGUUCUAAUGUUACGAGUGGUAACCCCAUCCCUCUGCGCCCCAUUCCAGAGCUAACUAUUCUUCUAGAUCAAGUGUCCUCGAGGAAGAGAGUUGCUGUACUUUGUCUGCCGACCUUGCUUGAUCUAUGUAAAAUUGCAAUGGGCUCGUGAAGAUGAACUACUGUAUGUACUUUGCAAGCUUCUGGAGUUACAGCUCUGGCCGGGAACUUUAUGGGGUGCACUGUCAAAGUUACCAUCGAAGUUUAGCCAUUCUCGACCUGGUGAUCAUUUCCUU